AUGGGAAGUGAGGCAACAACUUUCAUACUAGAUGUUUCUCCUUCCAUGAUUGGAAGCGGGUUCGCGGAUCAAGCAUUAGCUUACUUAGAGUAUGUCAUGUUCAUGAAGGCCAAAAAACAGAGGAAGACAGAUUGGGUUAAAUGCUAUCUAGCCAAUUGUGCAUUGACUCGUAAUAAUCACGAAACGGAUAACGUUUAUGAACUACUGCCGUUCACUGCCCCAAUUUCUGCGGGUCGCAUUGUAGCAGCGCUCCAAGAAUUGGAGCAGAUAUUAAGUGAAGAAACAAAGCCCCAAAGUAAUGUAAACUCUAUGGUUCAGUCUCUGCUUAUAUCCUCCAUGAGUGCCCGAGAUACAUUCCAAAAACGUAAAGUUAGAAAACAGGUAAUUGUGUUUACCAAUGAUCUUGAGGGUCUUGAUUUGACGGAAGAAGAACUGCAUACUUUGGAACAAGAGCUCGACUCUCGAAUUAUACUCGCAGUAUGUGGUCAACAGGAGGGAUCGAGGAAACAAGACUCGACUAUUUGGGAGAAGUGCAUAAACGCGAUUCCUGGAUCCAUGCAGGUUUCUAUGGCCAAUCUAUUACAGGAGAUCACCACUCCAGCACCACCGACUGUGAAGCCGGUUAGGGUAUUUCAAGGGGAGUUACGACUUGGCGCACCCAUCACCGACUCAGAUUAUUCAAAGGAGAGCUAUGAUUCAAUUGCUAUCAGGGUGGAGGGUUAUCCUGCUACCAAAUCCGUGUCUAGUCUCAAUCGUCAAGUAGUAUCCAAAACGAAAGAAAACGAAUACGAACCCGUGAAAUCUGUAAUUGAAUAUGAAGCUUUUGAUCGCGAUGAUGAGGAAGAACGAGAUAGUUCUGGUCACAACGAUGGCCCUGACUCAAAUGCUGACAAACAUGAAUUGCGAACGGUGUCUGUGGCACAAGAAUCUGUAACAAAAGCUUACCGUUACGGUUCAGAUUACGUUGUAUUACCACAAACUAUUGAAGCCGAGCGCAUAUAUCACACCACUUCGGGUAUCGACAUUCGUGGGUUUAUCAGCAGGGAAGACGUGCCCAGACAUUAUUUGAAUUCGGAAUCUACUUUCAUUGUUCCUGCCACCAAAGAUGGCACCUCCGCGGACUCCUUCGCGCUCGCUGCUCUGGUAGACGCUAUGAUACGUUUAGAAAAACUUGCAAUUGUGCGAUACGUGCAAAGAACAGACAGCGAAGUUCAGAUGUGCACAUUGUGUCCGCUGCUGGUUUUGAAAAAACGAAAAUCAAGCGGUGACACGGACUUCCAAACACGAGCUCUUGUGCUAAGCAGACUACCGUUUGCAGAAGAUGAACGAGUGUCUGAUUACCCUAAACUUAAUAACUCGGAUGCCCAAAACAAUGAAAUUACCGCAGAAAUUGACACCCUGAUGGAAGACUUCGUCGAAUCGCGAAGUAUUGGAGGAGGUCCAGCAACAUCUUGGUGCUCUACGUCACUAUACCAACCCGUGGACGCCGUGGUCUCAGCGGAUCCCUCACUACCACUGCCAGGACUAUCUGGGUCACGUGAGGUAGACGUGUGGACUGUUCCUGCGAUAGGAAUCCACCGCCAGCAACAGCUCUUGAUUGAGUACAUGCAUCAAAAAGUUGUGCGUGGCUCAACCACUUUUGAUAUCCCUGAACUUCCAGCUCUAUAUCAAGAUCUACUCCAUCCUUCACAUGUGGGUGUGAAAGAGUCGCAAAAGAGACUACAGGAGCUUCUGGACAUAAAAUUGAACACAUCUAAAACUACCAAUGAUCAACGACGUGAUGAACAGCAUGAAGAUGACGGAUAUCAGGAUAUACCGUCUCUCGAAAGCCUAUUGCGGCGCGGCAGGGCUUAA